UUCGUUUGCCCUUCACAUUAAACCUGCCAUCCCCAACUCGGAGACACGAUGGAAACCCGUGAAAGGAGUCCCUGAGAUUGCAGCCGGAAUGAAUCAAGCGGAGCUGUGGUUGGGUGUUCUCUCUGUUCUUCUACUUGCGAUCGUUGUAUUGCUCUGUUCCAGGUGUAGACUAUUUGGGAAUCGCACUAUAAUCAGAGAGGAGAACAGGAAAGCAGGUCAGAGUGUUCACAUGAAUGAAGACAAGAAACGAUUUGAAGUAGUUAGGUCAUAUACUGUAUCUCGACCAGAACAAACAGCAAGGCCAGAACCAGAGAUGGGGAAUAUGGCUACCUCAAAUCAUUCACUUUCACAAGUUCAACAAGCAUCAGGCAGCCCACCCAACUACGGCAACCUAGCUGUCACAAACAAAUAUGAAGACGACCAGAAUUACAUAAAUCCUUUAGCUGCAGAAUAUUAUUGCUUCCCUGCAGAGUAUCUGAAACCUCCUCAUGAUGAUGACUCGACUUCAUAUGAAAACGUGGAGAUCAGGAAAACCGAGAGUCAAAAAUCAGUGGACUCAGGGGCAAGUUAUGAGAACUGUGAAUACGCUGUGAAAUGGAAGUUUCAGCAGGAACCAGAAGAAAAGACAUAUAUGAAUAACUCUGAGGAAGAUGAAGAACCAGAUUAUGUCAACACCGUUCCUUGUCCAACUUUGUAAAGCGUACAGAAAUCUGGGGAAAAGAUCUUUACAAUUAAGCUUUCCGCAGUUGGUGAAGUUAACUACUCUUCGCUGAACACAAAUGGACUGUCAAAGAAGGAGACAGUCUACAAACCUCUGGGGAAUUCCUUCCUUUCUCCCAAUGCAAGCUUUCUUUGUGUUUCUUAGUUCUGCUAAGAAUAUUUACAGCAUCCACGGACAUUUAGCAACAGUAUCUAUUAAUUUAUUUCUGCACAAGAAUCACAUUCUAAUGGUGCACUUUCCCACUGAAACAUGUUAAUUCUAGUGUUUCAACAACAUUUUCAUCUCAAUUGGAAGAUUUCAAUAACGAUGUUCCAUAUUGAACAUAGUCCUAUCCCUGGAAUUACUUAAGUGAUACCAUUGUGUUUCUACUAUGGCAACCAUUCAGGACUAUCUUUUUAAAAUUCACAACUCGAUUCGCAAACUCUGAGAAUGAGAAAUAGUAUUUCAUUAUUUGCACAAUCAUUUUUAAAAUUAAAUUAUUGUAUCUGUUUAUUGAAUUUAAAUUGCCUUGGAUUGAAGGUGAAUAGUUUAGUGUCCCAGACUCUACAACUUAAACAAAAGUUAUCGAAGAGCAUCAGAGCUCUGCUAGUAUUUUUUAAAAACUGUGCCUUGUAUUUAGCCCUUCUGUAUCAGUGAUGCUGACUGAAUUUCAUCCAGUAUUCAGGGUCAUGCAGUUCUAAAGAGUUUGGAAGCUAUUCUAUGGAUCAGAGGAAAUUUCUGCACCAAUUUAUAUUAAGCUGUUUUGUUCAUACGUGUAUUGAACAUUGUUCAACAUUUUCCAUCUUGUAUAUUAAAUGAUUAAAAA